UUUCAUUUGAGCAAAGUGUUCUGAAUCUUUGGAAGGUUUCUGUGGUUUGUCCCCAUUUUGUUGAUUUUCUUGGCAGUUCAGCCGGAGAACUCGAUGAACUCUCGAAUGCGCCCCUCCGUCUGCAAUGAGGAAAAAUCUCUCCCACCUCGCAACAUCAAGGCCACAGCUCAAAAAUGAGUGAAAGGCAGGGUGAGACGAUGGGCUGCAUCAAGAGCAAAGAGGACAAAGGCCCUACAAUGAAGUAUCGGCCGGAGAAUUCCACAGGGUCGGACCCCAGCGCCACCAUCACCACACCUCACGUAGGUCACUACGGGCCGGAUCCAACCCAGCUGCAGCAGAACCAACCUCCCUCCUCAUCGGGCUCUGGGGCGGCAAACUUCAACCACACCCUCACGCCGUUCGGCGGCUCGUCUGCCAUGACUCCCUUUGGAGGAGCGUCGUCCUUCUCCGGUCCUGUGUCCAACUCGUUCUCUGGUGCUGUCUCAAGUGGUGUUACGUUCUUUGUGGCCUUGUAUGAUUAUGAAGCCAGGACGUCCGAUGAUCUCUCAUUUAAAAAAGGAGACCGCUUCCAGAUCAUCAACAAUACAGAGGGAGACUGGUGGGAGGCUCGCUCCAUCAAUACAGGGAGGAACGGAUACAUCCCGAGCAAUUAUGUGGCCCCUGCCGACUCCAUCCAGGCUGAAGAGUGGUACUUUGGUAAAAUGGGACGCAAAGAUGCUGAGAGGCUGCUGCUGAAUCCAGGAAACAAUCGAGGGACUUUCCUGGUGCGAGAAAGUGAAACUACUAAAGGUGCUUAUUCUCUCUCUAUACGAGACUGGGACGAAGCCAAAGGAGACAAUGUGAAACACUACAAGAUCCGCAAGCUCGACAGCGGGGGAUACUACAUCACUACACGGGCACAGUUCGACACAUUACAGAAGCUUGUCAAACAUUACACAGAGCACGCCGACGGGCUUUGCCACAGGCUGACCACAGUUUGCCCCACAGUCAAGCCUCAGACGCAGGGGCUCGCUAAAGAUGCGUGGGAGAUCCCACGGGAGUCCUUGCGACUGGAGCUCAAACUGGGCCAGGGCUGCUUCGGAGAAGUCUGGAUGGGCACGUGGAACGGCACCACUAAGGUGGCCAUAAAGACGCUGAAGCCGGGCACCAUGUCGCCUGAGGCCUUCCUCCAAGAGGCUCAGAUCAUGAAGAAGCUCCGACACGACAAACUGGUGCCUCUGUAUGCUGUGGUGUCCGAGGAGCCCAUUUAUAUCGUCACGGAGUACAUGGCAAAAGGAAGCUUGCUCGACUUCCUCAAAGAGGGUGACGGUAAAUUCCUGAAGCUCCCCUUGUUGGUGGACAUGGCUGCACAGAUCGCUGACGGCAUGGCUUUCAUCGAGAGGAUGAACUACAUCCACAGGGACCUGCGCGCCGCCAACAUCCUCGUGGCCGACAACCUGGUGUGCAAGAUCGCCGACUUUGGUCUGGCACGGUUGAUAGAGGACAAUGAGUACACAGCGAGGCAAGCGCCGCACGACGUCCCGGGGUCUGUCCGCACCUCCUCUGUCCCUGCAGGGGGAGACACGGCAGGAGAGGACGGGACGGACACUGGUUAG